GCUGUGUAUCCGCAGCACUUUCGACCACGUAGCUCGUCUUAUUCGCAGCUAAGCAUCAAGGUUUGUGGAGAAUAUCGGAAAUAAAACACAGUGACGGCCGAUAAACUUGUAGUACGGUGCUGCUGGAUAUGGCGAGGUACCUGAGGCCCCCUAAUUCCUCUCUCUUCGUAAGAAACAUCGCCGACGAGUCCAGGCCAGAGGAUUUACGGCGAGAGUUUGGUCGUUAUGGGCCUGUUGUAGAUGUCUACAUUCCACUUGACUUCUAUACACGAAGACCGAGGGGAUUUGCUUACAUUCAGUUUGAAGAUGUCCGCGAUGCAGAAGAUGCACUUCACAAUCUAGACCAUAAGUGGGUUUGUGGACGCCAGAUUGAGAUCCAGUUUGCCCAAGGAGACCGCAAGACCCCUAACCAGAUGAAGUCCAAGGACUCAACUCCCCCUCGCAGUUUCUCUCGCCAUGACGAUGAUCGUGAUAGCCGCCGAAGACGGUCCCGGAGCCGCAGCUACGAUCGGCGGAGGUCACGGAGCCCCUCGUAUGAACGUGGUCCUCGGAGAACUGAGAGAGAUGAGAGCCCUAAAGAGUCUCGGUCAUACAAUAGACACAGACGCAGCAGAAGCCGUGAAAAUGAAAAGUACAGACAUCCUCCCCGUGAUCACCACAGGACACACAACGAGCCACGCUCUCAAAGCCGCUCUGUGUCACACUCUCCUUCCUCCUCCAGAUCCAGACCCAAAAGUAAAAAGAGCCAGUCCCAGUCUCACAGCCCUGCUAAAGAUGUGCACCCACCAUCCAGCUGCCAGAAAGAGUCCGUGGGAAGAUCUCCCUCCCGUUCCUACUCUAGAUCCAUGUCUAGGUCACGUUCUCGUUCCCGGUCCUGGGCUGGACGCAAGUCUGGUGGUCACUGACUGUCUAGUCUUCCAAAGCUUUCUCUGUAGUAGUGUUUGAGGAUGUUUCUGUUAACUGCAUUUAUGUAUUAUUACUAGAAUGGUAUAAGGGCAGCAGCUGAGAUUUUCUUUUUCCCUUAAGUUUAGAAAAUUCUCUUUUUGGGUCUCAAGAAAGCACGGGCCAGGUUAAGUUGUGUAGAAUCUGUGUAAUGAGGACUGAAGGUGGAAAAAUUGUUAUGGUUCUAUUUUUACUUCAAGUUAGCAAUAUGUACAUUGGUACAUUUGUCAAUAUUAUGCUUGUCUCUGUUUGGUGUAUGUAAACAUGAAUAAAUACGAUGAACUCCUA